CCAUAUAUACAUGAUUCCGAAUAGGACAUUGCAGAAUCACACACAAGUUCUCAUUAUUAAAUGAAGAUUUGCCGAUAUGCGCUUCAUGCCAGAGUCCAGUAUCCUUUGAACAUAUUUUAUUAAAUUGCACUGGUUUAAUUUCUCUUAGGAAAUUGUAUUACUCUGCAGAACAUUUUAACAGAGUCAACCCUGAAUUCAUUUUAGAGUUUUUAUCUAAAGCAAACCUGAUGCAAGUUUUUAAAAUUGCUCUUUUAUAUUAUGUCAGCUUGUUACUUGCCAUGAAAAUAGCCAGGGACGCUAGCAUGGCAUUAAAUCAACUAACCCGGAUGUAAAGCGCUGACAUUUUUUGAUGAUGUUGUUUUCACGUGGCAGUUAGAGAGGUUUAACUGAGAUGGAUUAUACCACAAUAAUAUAGUUUUGCGGGGGAAAAAAUGGCAUAGCAUUCUCUUCAAAGAGUUGUAUGGAAAACGCAUGUCACAGAAAAUGUGUGGAGACUCUCAGUACAGUGCAGAAAAUAAGUAUAGACUUUCGCAGAAAACAAAGCAGAAUAUACAUUUUUGUGCAGUAUGCAUCAGACAGUCACAUAUUGUGGAAAUACCAUCUAAAGCUGCCACUAGAAAUACCCAUUAUGCCUCUAUUCUUUAUCCUUUGUGGUUCAUAAUAUAAAGUGCAAUUAUGAAUUUUAUGACUUAAUUCAUAUGCACUGUUUUCACUCUAAGCAAAUAUGUUUUUGUGCAAAUAAAAACAAAUACUAUAGUAGGAGGAUGAGAUUAUAGAAUUAGUUGGUAUUUAAAGCAUUAAUUGGUAUUUAAAGGCAUCUUUCUGGUGAACAAAUUUGGCCUUUUCCAGACACAGACAGAGAUUUGCAUGUCAUUAACUUGAAGGCUACAGAGAAUUUCAAUGGCACGCUCCGUGCACCUGUCCUCCCGAACGGAUCAUGUCACCGCUCCGUGGAGGUGGUCCCGAUUUAGGGGGAUUUUGAUGCAAUGAUUCCCAAGGCCAAGACACGGGGGCGUCGACGUUCUCUCUAGUCUAAUAAACAAACGCUUUUGUUGGCCAGUAUCCGGCAGCCGGCAGCAGGUACCUGAGCGAAGGGCAUCGCGUAAUCGUUCUACCUACGAAAAUCGUCGCGAGGCGUAAGCAGCUCCACAGAGAUCAUAAUAGCGCAAGCUCGGUCGCGUCUGACGUAGAGGGGCUUCUUGGAAGAAAACAUAGCUGGACCACUCACAUGAUACUGACACUCUAUAUAGGAUCGGAUAUAGAACCAAUAGAAUGACUUCACUGGUGUUUUCUGCCCGUUUUCGACCGAUGGGACGCGAUGAGGACGGAAUAGUAACAGCGCGCUGGUGAGGAUGCGGAUCGCGGGAUUAGGCUGACACAAAAGAGCGUUCACACCGUGUUUAAUUGCGGAUUAAACGAGGGCAUCAGCCUUGCACAACAAGGAGACGGUUCUUUAUUAGCGGGGAGCCAGACGCGCGGCGGGGAACGUUGACAGCGUCGCUCGGAUGGUGGUGCCGUGGACCGCGCGACUAUGUCACUACAGUGCUGGGUGAUUGUUCUGGUGGGGCUGAUGUCGUACUUCAACCCGGAGAGAGCUCUGGGAGCCCCGCAGAAGGAAGUCUCUCUGUCCCGGGAUGGCUCUCUCUCUCCUCCCCCUUAUGUGAUUAUUCUCAUCUCCUGCUCUGGGCUGGUCUCUUUUGUUCUUUUGCUUCUCACCUGCCUUUGCUGUAAGAGAGGAGGCGUGGGAUUCAAUGAGUUUGAUAAUGCCGAAGCGGAAGAAUGCUCCGGGGCUUCCAGCCCUGUUCCUGAGGACAGUUUGUCCUCCUGUCCAUCCUUACCAGAGGUUUACACUCUUCCACUGCGGGAUAAGAACUGCCCCACUCUUCCGAAUGGCACAGACAGCUCCCAGUGUUUCCGAAGGCACACACUCAACUACCUGCAAGAGAUUGGAAAUGGCUGGUUUGGGAAGGUAAUCCUGGCUGAAGUGCUGUGUGACUGCAGCUCUUAUCAGGCUGUGGUGAAGGAGCUGAGGGUCAGUGCUAGUCCUCUGGAACAGAGGAAGUUCUUGGCAGAGUCCGAGCCAUACAGAAGUCUUCAGCAUCCAAAUAUUCUGCAGUGUUUGGGGCAAUGCAGUGAGAGCGUUCCUUUCCUCCUGGUCAUGGAGUUUUGUCAACUGGGUGACCUAAAGAGGUAUUUAAGAGCUCAGAGGAAGUCUGAUGGGAUGACCCCUGACCUGUUAAACAGAGACCUUUUGACCUUACAACGAAUGGCAUAUGAGAUCACCUCAGGUCUCUUGCAUCUCCAUGAUAACAAUUACAUUCACAGUGAUUUGGCACUGAGGAACUGCCUCCUCACUUCAGAUCUUACUGUUCGGAUCGGAGACUAUGGCCUCUCGCACAAUCAAUAUAAGGAGGAUUACUUUCUAACCCCAGACAAACUGUGGAUACCUCUCCGCUGGAUUGCCCCUGAACUUCUGGAGGAGUUUCGCGGGAAUCUGAUUGUCACUGAUCAAACCAAAAGCAGCAAUGUGUGGUCUCUGGGUGUUGUAAUAUGGGAACUGUUUGAAUUUGGGGCUCAGCCGCACAGACACCUGAGCGAUGAAGAGGUUCUCACCUUUGUCAUCAGGGAACGACAGAUCACUCUGGCUCAACCUCGCCUCAAACUCGCUCAUGCAGACUAUUGGUAUGAGGUCAUGCAGUCUUGCUGGCUACCUCCAUCCCAGCGGCCAACGGUCAACAAAGUCUUCCUCCUUCUCUCCUCUCUCCUUGCUGCAGAACAAGGAAGCCGGAAGAGUGCUAGAAGAGAUGAAGAUGAGGAGGAUUAUGAGGAAGACAGUGGAGAAGGAAGGAGAAGAGAGAGCGACGAGUCAUUUGAAAGACGAUGGGAUGCCCUCCGGCCCCCAGCUUUUCAGUCAGCCGCACACAAACUUCUGAGGGAGAGAGAGUAUGGGAGGGAGGAUGGCUGCCUAAGAGAAAACGGAAACUCGUUUCCUCUUUUGGACCCAGUAGACAAUAUGAUCACUCCUACAUCUGAGCUAGAUGACAUCCUUACUGUAACAGAGACCAGCAAAGGGUUAAACUUUGAAUACUUCUGGGAAAAGGCCCAUGGCAGGAGAGGGUACAAACCACUUCCUCCACCUCAACCAAUACCAACACCCAAUUCUGGCCACAGGCAAACCUUGGACACACCCACCGUCGUCCCCGUGAUCAGUGCCCGCAGCCCUUCACUGGCCAGUGAGUAUUACAUUCGCCUGGAAGAGCAUACUCCCCAGGAUAAGUCCCCUAGUCUAGGAAAAGGCCGGUUGUUAAAAAAAAGUUCAAUGUGUCCUGGAGAUCUGGAGCUGGUCGAGCUUCAAACUGGGAUGACUGGAAAAGACAGACUAGCUUUCAGUCAACAAGAUGGCUUUGCGAGAGGUACCUCUCAGAUGGUCAGAUCCAGUGAGGUAAAGGUUAGGGUUCCAAACACUGGCUUGGUUGAGUUUAGUAAGGAGAGCUGUAACCGAGUGACGGAUUACGCUGUCAUAGACAUUGGAGAAGUAAACCAAAAGUCCCUUAGUCCUCAAGCGCCCAUUCUCCCGCCUAAACCUCGUUCAAUGUCCAUGUCCUCUGGCAGCCAUCUACACUCACGUCCCCUGCCUGCUCCUCCGCUAGGUUACGCAAGAACAUACGGGUUAGACAUCUACCCUGGAUCCUCAUUCCCGACAGGCAAAGUUGAGACCUCUGAUUCUUUACUAAUGAGUUCGCUGUCAAAAGCCAACUUUGACCAUUUAGGCUUAAAUCGCACUCACCAGACACUGCCCCCAUCUCCAUCACUCUCUCCUUCUAUUCCACCAUCUUCUGGUAGUCACUCCCUGUUUCUCCCACCUCAAACCUGUCCUCCACCUCUCCCUCCCCACUAUAGACUCCAAAAGGGUCAAAAUUACUCUUCAGAGACAUAUUCCAGAUACAAUGUGAUGCACUUACAAAGAGACCCACUAAGCUGUGACCAUACUGAUGAGAGAAAUGCUGACAGAGGCAUGACACGGUCUCAGUCUUUGUAUAAUUCAAGAGAUGCUCCAGAGAUGUACACUACAAAUAAUGAGUCAAGAAUGACUCGAUCUCAAUCCACAAUUCCAAAAAUUGAGAGAACGUCAUCCUCUAGCCCGGAGUUCUCCAAGGAUGAAGAUGAUGACGACGAUGAUGAUGAUUCACUCUUCAUGUCACCUCAUAGAUCCACCAGUGGAACAACCAUUCAGCACACCAACCUGGUUGAUGAACCAGACCCAGCUACAAGCGAGCUUUUCUCAAGGGGAAUGAAGCGAACACAGUCCCGCCUUGCCACCAUCCUUCCGGCCAUUUGGAGGGAAGAUGCAGUCAUGCAACGUGAGCGAGUUGUAGCUGCUAGGAAAUCUCCCAUACAUUUGUUUCUGACUGAGAUCUCCAAUGACUCCGUGGACAUGAAAGAUGGAGAAAGCUCGUGGGCACGAGAAAGUGAUGGAAGGAAAGACAAAGGAAUGCGGAGAUCCCAGUCUCUUAUCACAGAACUUGACCCAUCCUCACAAGUUUGGGCCUCAGACAAAGACUUCCUGCCUGGAUAUGAAGGACGUGGCAAAAAGAGAGAUUUGUUCCUUACAGAGAUUGAGACAUCUGUGUCAGAUUGUGAGGAUGCAUAUGAUGGUGAAGGUGGCACCCCGGUUUCCAGAUUUGGAACAACUCCUCAUCCUUUUGCAUAUCCCUCAGAUCUACCAGCGUAUGCAGAAGCUGAAGAGGCUUUUUCAGGGAUAAAGAAGUCUCAUUCUCUGCUCUCCGAAAUAUCCAAUGAGAGUGUUGAGCCUGAGUCGAAGAAAGGGGAAAUGACGAGAGAGGAAUUCCUGAAGGAGAUUCAGUCUGCUGAAACAUUUCUAACUGAAAUCAUUACAAGGCAACGCAAAAAUGAAGAGAGUAUUUCACCUGCUCCAUUGUCUCCUGAGUAUGAGUCAAUAUGCAUUGACCCAGAAUCAUCUCAGACGAUACAGUUUGAAUCAGAAAGAGCAAGAGCAGGAAAGCCGCCAGGUGACACAAAAGAAGCAAUUUAUGCUCAAGUCACCAAGCGGGCGAAAAGGAGUGAAAUAAAAGUUGCUAUGCGCCCAGAAAUUCCAGUACUUCAGAUUGCAUCUGAGUUACAAAAUCUUGAAUCAGCUCAGAAAUUAACUCCAGUCAGUCACUUUUCACCUGAAAUGGAGCUAGAGAAGCAUUCCCUUAAUGAUUUUCCUUCCUCAGAAGUAAGGCCUAAAAAUGGGCCUCUAUUGGAGCAGAUAUCUCCCAUUAUAAAAGAGAAACAAAAUUCUCAGGAGUCUCACAAUCAGCAUGACUGUGUAAGUGAAGGUCCAGUAGAACCCAGGAAUCUGCACACUGUUAACGGUUCACUGAGUUUGAACACAGCAACAUUUGAAUAUGUACACAGUGAGAAACUGCCAGAAGAUCCAAACCCGAGGCCAAAUGAAUUGACUUUCCUUGAUCCUUCACAAAACUAUAAUUCAGCAGGUGGCACAAGCUCUACAAAGGAAAGGGAAUACAGUUCAAAUAUGAAUCAAGACUGCCCCACUGCCAGCUUGCAAAUGGAUACAUCCUCUAAAUCUCUCGAACAAACCACUUUACCUGAAAAGGAAACUAGUUCAAGCACGGUGUAUCAUGAUAAAGACAUGAAAACGGCAAAAGAGCAAAUACUUCCAAGUGAGUCUUCACUCUCCUUGAAUGAAUCAAGCACAGAUGUGUUCCACUCGCCUAUGGUGCAUGAACCCAACUCUGAUCAGUCACUUUCCACCAUGACCCCCACAGAUUCUGUCUUGUCACCUUUGACUUCUAGUUCACUGGAUUGUCUCACACCUGGAGACUCCUGGUUGGGUGGAGGAAGUGGUGGAUGGAGAGCCCUGGGAACUGAAACACCACACCGGGAUUCGGCCUACUUCUCUGACAGUGACUUGGAUGGUGGAGAGGGUUUAGGCAGAAGAGGCACCGAUGUACUUGGUGGGAAUCGAGGAAUAUUGAUAGGAAUUGAGGAAAAGAUUGAGGAUGAAGGACUACUGGAGAAUUUAGCAAAGGAAGUGGAGAUGAAACGAGAUAUGCAGGAAUUGUGGGGCUCAAAUGAGAGAGUUGAUGUAGAGAAGGGUCUCAUACAAGGUGCUGUCAUUUCAAGUGAUUCUCAAAGUGAAUGCAAUACUGAGUUUAUUGCCAGGUUGUUUUCCAAUGAAGAGGAUGAGCCAAAUAAGGGAGUUCCAUUUAGCAACAGCUCCCUUAACAUUCAAAACUCCUCUCAAGUUAAAAAUAGUGAUCUGAUCACAUCUCACACAUUUUCAAAAGAAAGAGUGCUUCAUGAUUCAGGUGCUACAGAUCUUAGACUGCUCGCUGACAUAGACUCAGACCCUCAAAAACCCGUUUCUGGAUCAGUUUGUCAAGAACAACUCAUCGAACAUUGCUCAUAUUUGCAAACAACGAAGUAUAAGGAGGCACGUUGUACAUCACCUGAAUUCCCAGUUGAUGAACAGUCAUCAGACAAAAGUAAAUCCAGGUUAUCACGGUUUUACAGCUUACAGUCUGAUUAUUCUAAAUGCAUCAUCAGCCCUGAGAUAAACACAAAGCUCAGCAAUGAUGACACCAAAUGCGGCCUGGCCCAAUUCAUCUGGUCUGAGACGGAAGCUGAACAACCUACAGGAGAGGAAAAGGGAAAGCUUGAUAUCCAAGACAUAGAUGCAAAUGAACUUGGCUUGAGAAACCUCUCGUAUUCAGAAGAGAGUGAGGAUGAACAGGCAAAGGAGAGGCCUGAAAGUCAGCUAGCUGUAGGGGAGCUCUGCUUCACUAUCAAGGAAUCCCCCCCAAAUUCUGCAGAUGAGAAAGUCAGCAGUAUGGAGAUCUCAAAAGAUGAAUGUUCUGAUGAAUUCAGUAGAGGUGCCUCAAUGGGUCUUGAACUGAAGGAGAAGGAGUUGUGGAUUGCCCUUGAGGAAGAUUAUGGUACAGAGGAGACUAUGAGAGGGGAAUUCAACUGCCAAACAUUUCAGCAGGGAGAACUUCACCUUUGGCCUGUAGAAAAUGACCAGUGGGCUGCAGCCGAAGCUCGGACACCAGAAGCAGGGCUUGGAUCAGAGCUGUUCCCGAGUUUUGGGAAAAAGGCCUGGGGUGAGGAGGAACAGUUAGUGGUGAGUCAUGAAUUUUGGGAAUCUGAAGCAAAUGAUGAGCUUGCAGAUAGCGAGUCUCAUCCCUCUACUCAGAGAAUAUGUGAAGAUGCAUUUAAUGAUGAGAAGCUAGGACAGGCUGAUUAUCCACCACCUGAGAGGCUGAUCCUUUCGACUGGGGCAAAGGAAGCUCAGCAGGCACUUGUAGAAAGGUUCGACUUUCAGCAAGAGGAGAACAUGGAAAAUCCAGACAUAGAAAAUGGAACACCAGAGCACUAUACUAGCAAUAUAAAAAUGGAAGUUGAGAAUCUGGAGAAGCCAGAGCUGGAGGCACCUGUGCAACACAGACCUGCUGAGGUGGUGAUUGAUACCCAGAAUUCGGAGACAUGUUUACAAAAUCAUGUGGGAGGUGAAUUGUUUGGGGAUAAAGAUAAUAAAGAGUUUGACAGUCAGGAAAACAUGGUGGGUGUAAGAGGUUGCAUGACUCACUCUCCCUCGUUUUCUAUUAAAAAUGCUUCAACCAAUGAGUUGGAACCUCUACAAUACCACAAAGAAUCUCUUUCUAGUCAUAAUAACAAUGUACAAAGGGACCAAACCGAAGCCACAUGGGCACCCAAGACUGAAGCAAGCAAAAUGUUGGUUGCAGCCCUUGAAGACCAUCAAACCUGCACAAUAGAUAUGUCAAACUCAACCACUGACUUAGCUGAUAGUUCUCACAUCAUUUCAGCAUAUCCAGAGUGUCUCAGUACAGAAACCAGUAGACAUAAUGUUGACAGUAAUCACUGUCCUGCCACAAUCAGUGAUGUGGUUUUUGAAAAAGAAAGAUCAGAUUCUCCAUCUUGCCCAAGUCUCACCAUUAGCACUGAUCCAGAGCCAUGUAAAAUUCAUAGUAGCAACAUUCAGUGUUCUGCCCCUGCACUGAUUUCAAUGGAGCUUUCUGAAUGUUCUGCUUCCCCACAUGCAGGAGUGGGCAAGUGCCAAGGCCCAAGUAGUUUCCAGAAUACAGUACACCACAUAGAAAUCAAGACCAGUUCAAGUCUGUUCUGUGCUGCAGAUCAAGCAUCUACUAAAGAACACGAGGAGCCUUCUGACUGUUCUGAUGAUGUUAACUGUUUAGAUCAUUCUCUUGAAGAACUUGUCAAGAGUACCACCACUCACAGCAAAGGUAUCACUGCAAACCUGGGACAAAAACUGCACACACCUCUCGUGAAAGAAAACCACAUUCACCCAGAAUCAAAUGCUGUGGACGACAGAAAUAGCCUGUCCCAGAAAACGGCCCAUCCACCUCUCUCCCAGUGUUCUCUGAACUCCAUCCCUGAGUUGUUGAUCUCUGAGUGGAAGGACUUGGAUGAGGAGCCUCUGGAGGAUUUUGAAAAACUGGAGCAACUGUGCUGCAUUUCUGGGGAUGAAGAGACCCUUGGAGAUCUGUUUUUAGGAAACUUAGAUCUGCUUGAAUCUUUGAAGAGAAAUCCAGAGCAAAGAACGAGUGGUGCUGGUGGCAUAAUAAAUCAUCAUGACUCAGCAGAUGCAGAGGGGAAGACGAGAGUCGAGCUAAAAGAAGAAGUUGACGGGAUAUCGAAAAGUACCACGGCUGUCUUGCAACAGUCAGAGCAGUAUGAAAGCAUUUCUACAAAUUUCCCAGGAGAAGCUCAGCAGUCAGUGGAGAAGAGAACAGGCCAGCAUGUGCCAACGCCUCUCUCACCAUGCAAUUCUACAGAUGGUUCCAAAGGGCAGAGGUCACUCUCAAAAAUUCAGGCAAAAAAUGGACUGAUGAUGCAGGUUUGUGAGGAAAGACUUGAGUACUCUCUGAGUGAAAAUGUUAAAACCAAUGUCCUGUGGGGGUCUACAGUUAGUGACAGCGUGAUUCUGCACCCUUGGGGAACCUCUACCACUUCGUCCUCUGAAGAAAGUGUUGCAAGCAAAGAUUUCCAAGAAAACAAGAGCAGCAAAGAGGAGUCUCAACCCUCCUCUCCCUCUGUGUCUGCGAGUGAACCUGCUGAAGCAAAGACAGAAGAAAUGACUGUGCUUGAGCAGCCUGAGGUUACACCUUCAUUGCCAGCUGCAAAUCAAGCUAUGAAAGCUAAGCUGGCCCGUCUCUCCUUGUCCCUCCCUCCGCUCGCUCUCUCUCUUCCUGUCUCACCAAAUGCCAAAGGAGGAUUCUGGGAAGGGGGAGAGCACAGAGGGGGAAGGAGGAGGGUUGCUUCAACAGGUAGCGAUCCAGAUGAAGAUGAAGAAGAGGAACAGGAGGAUGAGUCUCCCAGGCGUGUCAUCGUUGUCACGGAAACAGAUGUUGACAAGAGAGUGGGUUUGCGUAGCUUGUUGAAAUCACCAAAGGAGCCCGUGGACAAAGAGAACCGUGACCGUGGGAGGAAUGUGUCAUUUUUUGAUGAUGUCACAGUCUAUCUUUUUGAUCAGGAAACUCCAACCAAUGAACUGAGCUCUGGAUCUACUAGUUCGUCUCCCCAUGGAAAGCCCCCCAACACUGAUGGUUUUGGAUCGGCCAGCCACAAGGCAUCAAAAAGUAAAGACCAUGUAGUGAAGCCAAGAUCUCCAACCGGAGUAACUUCCGGCUCAUCAUCAAGGUUUACAGUGAGCCCUGCCGACGACCCGCAUUUAGUGCGACAUACUACUGUUCCCUGAACACCUGGACAAAAUGUACCCCCCUGGAGUGAUUGAGUGGCCCCCGUUGUCAUCGGUAACUAUGACGGCUCCUGGAGGUUAUUUUUUUAACUGCGAGAAAAAGAAGGACUCCCGUUUCAAAAGGCUGGAGGCAGUCCAGGUUUUACUCACUGCAGCAGCUGGAGUGGUAAAUCCACACAUAGAAAGUACCUUCCAAACAGCCAAAUUCCUUGGAGUUAUGUAAAAUCUGACAUGUACUUUUCGGCUAUGCAAUGGGAGUCUUAUUAUGUACCAGCUUAACUGUUCUAUUUUCAUGGCUUCUUGAAGUACGUUUGUAUUUUAUUCCCCUUGAAUGAAGGGGCGCACUUUCUCUGACCAGUACCUGUCUAUUUGUGAGCUUAGAAAUAUUGACAUUGUAAAUUUGUUCUCAUUGCAGUCAGACAUUCUUGUAGUUUGUGGUUGAGGAGGGAACCGUCUCUUUCCAAAUCACAGCAGUGCAGUUCUCAUUUAGCAUUUGUACAAACUAAAAAUGAAAUUGCAACAGAAUACAAACUCAUUUUAAAACCAUUUAUUUUAAAUUUAUUCUUAGAUGCACGAAAAAAUAAAACUGCAACUAACUGUUAUGUUUUAUACUGUAUUUUUUAUUGCAAAUGUUAUUUAUUUCUGUAUCUAAUUUGUUUACUUAAUUGUUUAUUUAUUCUGCAUUUGUUUUUUAUUUAAAUAUACGUUUGUCCUAAUUCACUUCAUAAGUUUAAGUAUACUGUAUAUUUACUUUGUAUCGAAUUAUUUUGGAUUUAUGGCGUUUGCCGUUUAAUCCUAGUAAUAACCGCCUCAACAAACAAACAUAUAUCUUUGCAUAGGUACAAACACUUUGAAAUGUUUUCUCUAAUUUAGCUAUUUCUAGAUGUCAGUCUGUAUCUAGUUGUCCUAUGAUGUGUCUCUACACAGGUGUUAUUUUCUAAUAAUGUAUUUUACAUUAGCUUUUCCUUUAUUUAUUUUGAAGCAGUAAUUAUUGCUUGGCAUGAAAAAAAUAGAGAAAUCAGCAUACAUAACUAUUAAUUGACUUAUUUAUUCAUUCAUUUUUGGUUUUCAAACUUAUCGUUCAUGCAAAUGUCUGAGGUAAUCCAGAUCAUUACAUCACGUUCAGCAUCUGUUUCAUUUGGAGGUUUCAUAUUAUUAUGUAAGAAGCUGAGGGAGUGAAAAUAACAUGGAAACUGUGAAACAUUUAUUGAACUGUUUGAUGACAAUAAAUUGUUCUGUCUUAUAAUAACUUCUGUGAAACACUUUACUUUACUAACCUUGUUUUGUAAUAUUAUUUUAGUGCAUUUUUCCAUAAUAUAACUUGUA